CAGCACCUGUUGGUGCCGGAGCCUCGUGCUGGUGUGCGUGCUGGCCGCCCUGUGCUUCGCUUCCCUGGCCCUGGUCCGCCGCUACCUCCAGCACCUCCUGCUCUGGGUGGAGAGCCUUGACUCGCUGCUGGGGGUUCUCCUCUUCGUCGUGGGCUUCAUCGUGGUCUCCUUCCCUUGCGGCUGGGGCUACAUCGUGCUCAAUGUGGCCGCCGGCUACCUGUACGGCUUUGUGCUGGGCAUGGGUCUGAUGGUGGUGGGCGUCCUCAUCGGCACCUUCAUCGCCCAUGUGGUCUGCAAGCGGCUGCUCACCGCCUGGGUGGCCGCCAGGAUCCAGAACAGCGAGAAGCUGAGCGCGGUUAUUCGUGUCGUGGAGGGAGGAAGCGGCCUGAAAGUGGUGGCGCUGGCCAGACUGACCCCCAUACCUUUUGGGCUUCAGAAUGCAGUGUUUUCGAUCACUGAGCUCUCAUUACCCAACUAUCUGAUGGCAUCUUCGGUUGGACUGCUUCCUACCCAGCUUCUGAAUUCUUACUUGGGUACCACCCUGCGGACAAUGGAAGAUGUCAUCGCAGAGCAGAGUGUUAGUGGGUAUUUUGUUUUUUGUUUACAGAUUAUUAUAAGUAUAGGCCUCAUGUUUUAUGUAGUUCAUCGAGCUCAAGUGGAAUUGAAUGCAGCUAUUGUAGCUUGUGAAAUGGAACUGAAAACAUCUCUGGUUAAAGGCAAUCAACCAAAUACCAGUGGCUCUUCAUUCUACAACAAGAGGACCCUAACAUUUUCUGGAGGUGGAAUCAAUAUUGUAUGAUUCUAACAAAAUGUACGAUUGUCAAGAGCCUAGUGUGCUGUCUGAGGUCUAGCAGUCACUUCACUAGCGGGCAGAAACAAGUUCUAAUUGUAUUACGGCACAAACAAAACUGACUAGUUUUUAAAUUGCACAAUUUUUUUUUUUUUAAAGCAAGAAUCGUUUUCUGAAUAUGUAAGUAUAAAUGUAGAUGCAUUUGGCUGUACCUCUUUAUCAUGCCUGGAUCGGCCUCACCGUCUGCACUUUAGUGUUUUUAAUUGUUUUAUUUCUGAGUACUUCUGAACAGAGAAAUGACCCAAAUAUUUUUUUCUGCCUAGUGUCUUUAUUUAUAAAGUCUACAAAUAGUUUUAUGUAUCUUUCCUACUUAGAAGGAUGAGUAAAAGUAUGCGGUUUUUAA